CGGAAUACCGCGCGGGUUUCGCCUCACAGCGCGUUUUGUUUUGCGGCUUAAGCUCCGCGCUAUCGUGCACGAUACAGCCAGAAAGCCGUCUCCGUCGCCUCUGACACGUGCGCUUCAGCUCACCCAAGUUUGAAAGAAAUCGGCACAAGAGAAGCAGUCCAACACAACAAUGCGCACCUUGCUCGUCUCCGUAGCACUCGCGUCGGGCAAAGUAACGGACCUCCGCGGCCGCCUCGACGCGCUCAAAAGCGAUCAUAUUAAGAUGGCCUGCCCGCUCGGCAGUCUUGAGUUAAACGCCACCGAGGCGCGACUGCUGGCCCGAGACGCCGCCGACGUCCUUACCAAAGCCAUCACAUAUAUGCGUGACGGCGUCGGGAGGCUGCUUGGCGCUUUAGAUCGCAAAGUCGCAGACCCGCGCUGGGUCGCCGGGCCGCUGCACGUGGACUCUGAAUGUAGAGCAAAACUGGAAGCCGCGCUCGUGGCCGCGGCGUCGCCGGCGCGGGCCGCCGGCCGGCAGCUCGCAUCAAAGGUCCUGGCGCGCGCGGCCGCGACGGUGAAUACAGUGUAUGUCGUCCACGUGCCCGAGCUCCCUUCACUAAAUCCCAUUCGAGAUUCACUGAAGCCGGCGCUGCACGCCGUCCAUCAAAGCAAGCAGCGCCUCGAGGCAUCUGAAUCGGUCUUUACGCGGGCGGCGCCCGUCGUCCUCGGCGCGCUGUGUCUCGGUAUCGUCGGAUGGGCCGCGGCCUACGUUACCUCAAUGACAUGGUCCGUAAUCACAUCAAUCGCGUCGGUGCUCGUCUCAUUAACGACGCUGGCGGCGCUCGCCGUCGUCGCGACCUUCAGCGUUUUUGCCGCGGGCGCCAUGCAGCUGGAAGUGCUCGGUCUGUUCCGGCGGGACUUCGCCUUCCACCACGAGGCGGGCUUCCACCUCGUCCCGGCGGGCGCCGUCCCCUGUGCGUUACAUGGCUGGCUGCCGUUGUAUUGCGGGCUGGUUGCCGCGGCGGCUCUUGCAUUAUUUUUCCUCGCGAUCUAUGCGCGGAGCCUCGUGGGUCGCUUGUUUUUUUGGCUGCGGCGGGCGAGAAAAAUCGACGUCGACGCUGCGCUCAUCGCCGCGGCGUCGGGUUCGGAGUGCGCGAUCUGCUUCGAGGACCCGGCACAAUUACUCGUGUUCCUGCCGUGCGGCCACCGGUGCGUCUGCGCGUCCUGCGCGGAGAGGAUAGAAAGGCGGUGCCCGCUCUGCCGCGCGCGCGUGCGCGACCGCAUCGCCGUCGUGGGGAAGCAUAAGUUCCGGGUAUGACCUUA